UAUUCCCUUUUUAGUUCGAAUAACAUCUCCUCUAUUCUGUGCCGGUUUUCGGUCGGUUUAACUACAGAUAUCCAAAUUUUAGUUGCCACAAUUUAACCAAGAGUCUAGGUCGAAAUGUGUGGAGGCUGGGCAUGUCGUUCCUAUGAAAUAGCCUGCAAUCACCAUCGCCUCUCGCCCAUGCGAUUCACAGGUCGUUGUUUUGCCCCAACACCAUGUGGACCCUUUGACAGUUGUUCGCCGUGUUGUGGCGGCGGUUGUUGUGGCGGCUGCGGUUGGUAAUGGAACUUAUACCCACCUGACUG